UUGAAAAAGAAGUGGGGAAUUAUGGGAUAUUUCUGUUACUUCUUCCCUAGCUUGUAGGUAAGGGACAAAGUUUAACUACUCUCCAAGACAGUGUUAACAGUUCCAGUAUGAUUAUUAUGUUUUCAUAAGUAAAAUAUAUCGACAUAUUUAUAUAAAGCAAUUGUAAUGUCAACUUUUUUUUCUUUUCCGGUGGCUCAUGUUUAUCAGCAGCUCCUUGUCUCUUGCUUUUUGAGUGCAGACAUUAUAAAUCUUAUGUGCGUACCCCAGCAAUGUGUCAGGAAAAAGACUGGUGUGACACCUUGCUGGAACUCUUUUAUGUCUGUUUUUGUCUGUACUGGUAAAUGAUUCAUAUUGUUUCUUCAUAGGUAACAUUUUCUUGUGAUAAAAUCUUUUUGAAAGGGCAGGUUGGCUCUCACACAGCCAGGAUGACUGGAGGUUAAACAUUACUCACAGAUAGGCAGGCAAGACCCGGCUUGUUUAACGUCUAACCAGUCAGUGUUUAGAUCCAGCAGAAACAGACUGGGAUAUUUAAGAGCAAUGUCAGCACUGCUAAGAUCCUGUGCUCACAAUCUCAGAUCUGCAGAUGGACUCAAGGCUUGGAAAUUAUGCAGCACAAGUUUGCGUCAGUGGUGUCGGUCCCUCCAUGUGGACAGUCCUCCUCUCAAUCCCUCUCUGAGCAGCAGCUAUGUCCAUGGCACCUCCACCUUCUCUCUGCUCCCCCUGACUGUGGGCCAGAGCCUGGACUCCACAGUUGAGCGCUGGCCUGAGCGUGAAGCUGUUGUGUUCCUGCAAGACGGGAUCAGGAAAACCUUUGCACAGUUUCAGCAGGAUGUUGACAAGGCGGCUGCAGGUCUGCUUGCUUUGGGCCUGAAGCGAGGUGACAGACUAGGAGUUUGGGGACCAAACACAUAUGAGUGGAUCCUUUUCCAGUUUGCUUCAGCCAAAGCUGGAAUUGUACUGGUGUCAUUGAACCCAGCUUAUCAGGUGAAGGAAGUGGAGUUUACUCUAAAGAAGGUCCAGUGUAAAGCUGUGGUCUGCCCUACCCAGUUUAAAACCCAACAUUUCUGCGAGAUGCUGAGGGAGCUCUGCCCAGAGAUCGACAAAACCACAGAGGGCGUGAUCAAAAGCUCCAGGUUGCCAGACUUGCGUAUGGUGAUUGUGACGGACAGCAGACAGCCAGGGAUGCUCCACGUAGAGGAUGUGAUGCAAGCAGGAGAGAGUCGACACCACAAAGAGCUGAUGGAUCUGCACAGCAAACUGUCCUUCGAUGAGCCCAUCAACAUCCAGUUCACAUCAGGGACUACAGGAAGUCCAAAGGCAGCCUGUCUUUCCCACCACAAUAUCGUAAACAAUGCUUACUUUAUGGGUCUCCGAAUUGGUUAUGAACGGAGGCCUCAGGUGCGAGUUUGUGUGCCCGUACCCAUGUACCACUGCUUUGGCUCUGUGCUGGGUGGGAUGUGUAUGGCAGUCCAUGGCAUCACGCUGGUCUUCCCUUCCACUGGCUACAACAGCCAAGCCAACCUAGAGGCCAUUCAGAGUGAAAGGUGCAAUUCUGUCUAUGGUACUCCUACAAUGUACGCCGACAUGCUAAGCCAACAAGAGAAACACAAGUAUGAUAUGUCAUCAGUUGAAGCUGGUAUCAUGGCAGGUUCUCCGUGCCCUCCUGAGAUUGUGAGAAAACUGAUAACAAACAUGAACAUGAAAGAGAUAGUGUUAGGCUAUGGAACCACUGAGAACAGCCCCAUUACAUUUCUUGGAUUCCCACAAGACAAUGAAGAGCUGAAGAUAAACACUGUUGGGUGUAUCAUGAGCCACACUGAGGCUAAAGUGGUGGACCCUACUACUGGGGAGCUCGUUCCUCUGGGGGCCUCAGGAGAGCUGAUGAUCAGAGGCAGCUGUGUGAUGCAUGGAUACUGGGAUGACCCUGAGAAAACCAGUGAAGUAAUCUCCCAAGACCGCUGGUACCGGACUGGUGACACAGCCAGCCUGAACAGUCUGGGAUACUGCUGCAUUGAAGGGCGCAUGAAAGACAUGAUUAUUCGAGGAGGGGAGAACAUCUACCCCGCUGAGAUCGAGCAAUUUCUCUUCACACAUCCCAAAGUACAGGAGGUUCAGGUGGUCGGAGUGAAAGAUGAGAGGCUGGGCGAGCAGGUGUGUGCCUGCAUCAGGCUGAGAGGGGGCCAGAUGUCCAGUGCAGAAGAGAUAAGAGACUUCUGCAAAGGCCAGAUUUCUCACUUCAAGAUCCCACACUAUGUGAUCUUUGUAGACAGCUACCCUCUGACAGCCUCUGGAAAGAUCAAGAAGAACAUACUGAAGGAGGAAAUGGAGAAGAAAUUAGGUAUUUAAAUGUGUGGAAACUGACUGUGUUUGAUUCCAUUAGCUAGGAAAGGCAAAAACCAAGCAGUGCUGAAAUAAUGCUUUCUCAACCUGAAUUGUAACCAUUUAACCUGUUGUUACUUGAAGUUUUUCUACUUUUACCUGCGAUUCACUCCUGGUUACUUUAUUAACUGAUGCCAUUUAAAACAUGUGAUAUCUCCUACCCAAAGAAUGUCUGUCUAUUUUUGUAGCAUUUGAAUGAAGACUUGUAGAGAUAUAGAUGUUAAAUGAUUUUGCAUAAUUUUAAAAAUAUAGAUGGACUUUUGAAUUGUCUAUAGAUUGCUUUGUGGUUAUUAAAA